UUUUCUUACCCUCUCCUGACGUCAAGCCAUUCGACCGCAUGGGCACGUAUAACCAUUGAAUCUUCCCUGGAAAAUGCUAUAUAAAGCCCUCGAGAUGCCUCCGUGAUGAGACGGUCAUACUCGAAGCAAAGAACACAUCAAUCUCAUCAAUCAAAAUCCAAAGCCAGCCAUGAAGACCAUCGGUGCCGCAACCCUCGUCGCGCUUCUCGCUUCUGUCGAAGCAUGCGCCACACGCCCCAACACCGGAACCACCCCGUUGAAAGAGGAGGCAGCCAAGAAGGAUAUCCUUAUCGGGUCCGGUGCGAUUAAUCCGACCUAUCUUAAUGACAGCCAGUUUGCAGCUGUCCUUAGCGAGCAGUUCGACAGCCUCUCGCCCGAGAAUGAAAUGAAAUGGGCAUUCCUUAACCCGACUAUUGGGCACUAUAACUGGGAUACCCUUGACCGUCUUGUUGACUUUGCUGAAGCCAAUAACAUGGUAGUCAAGGGCCACGGCCUUAUCUCAGGCUGCUGCAACCCUGACUACGUGCUUAAUAUUACCGAUCCGACUACACUUCGCGCCACGAUGACAGCUCAUUUUAACGCGAUCAUGCACCGGUACCACGGCAAGAUGGACCGAUGGGAUGUUGUUACCGAAGCUAUUAAAACGAAAGGUGGCGGCCUGGAUCCUAAGAACGACUUCUACAAAGUCCUCGGUCCCGGCUUUGUUGGAGAGGCCUUCCACAUCGCCCGCGCAGCAGACCCGACUGCUAAGCUGUUCAUCAACGAGAACCUUGUCGAGGCACUCCCUGAAAAGCGCCAGGACCUCUAUGAGCUGGUCUCCGGGCUUGUGGCGGACGGUGUUCCAAUUGAUGGAGUUGCCCUGCAGAUGCAUGUUACUGAAGUAGCCCCGAUCCCGGGCGUACUUACGGAUAUGGUCAACUCAUACAGAGCACUCGGGCUGGAAACUACUAUUGCUGAACUUGAUGUUCAUACACUUAAUGCUACCCUCCAGGCGGAUAUAUAUGGUGCUGUUAUGAGAGAAGCACUUGAUGCAGGAAUCACCGAUAUUAGUUUCUGGGGCUUUACAGACAAGCAUGGCUAUACCUGGAUCCCCGGAGCGAAGCCCUUGAUGUUUGACGAGUCCUACAAGCCCAAAGGUGCCUUCUAUACCACUCAUGCUGCCCUUGCCGAUUUCGCCAACAAUGCCUAAGGGUCUCGGGCGCCAUUGCGCGGCGAGCUAUCAGAGCUUGUGCUUUUCAUUCUGCGAUCAAAGCAUGUUAUAAACGAGGCUUGCGAUCUCCCCGAAAGUAUAUUAUAUUGCGGUGGCUUGAAUGUGAUAUUACUAGAGUUGAGUAUAUAGUUUGUAUUAAUAAUGCAAAGUUGUAUUAUUCUAG